AAGAAUUCCACGACCCAGUCGUUGCUCUCUCUUUAUCUCCCCGGAAAAUCAAUUUUUGAUUGCUCACAACGAAAGGCUCAAGUUUCUUUUGCUUCUUCUUCCCUUCUGACAAUCCGAGCAAAAUCUCAGCUUCAGCAGCAAUCUCUCGUCGUGGGUUCUUUUUACUUUCCCCCCAGCCAUUUGCCCAAGCUCUGGGUCAAAGAGAAGGAAAAAAAAAGAGCUGGAAAAUUCAAUCCGCCGUGCUUCCACUUUCAGCUUUGUACACCAGGGUGUUUAUCAAAACAGCUCCCUUUCACACCAGCAACUUCUUUCCUUUUGGUUUCUUGGCGAAAGCUGGGUAGCCAUUCCAGUCUGCUGCGUUUUCCCCCAUCCGGGUUCUGCUGUUCCCUAACGUUUAACGGGGCUCUGGGUUUCUCCAUAUGGGGAUUUGCUGGUCGUCUUGGUCUUCUUCACCCACUACUCCUACACCCACCUCCACUCGUCUUAGUUCAGGUGGCGUGUCUCAAACAGUUAGCAAUGGAACGUCAUCGGGGAGCGGCAAAACGAAUUCUUCAAAGGGCAGCAACAUCUCUGGCAACAGCCAGUUUUCUGCUGCCAGUGGCGAUGACUCAUUUUCAAAUCCAAAUGGACAGAUCUUGCCCACCCCAAACUUGAGGAUCUUCUCCUUCGCAGAGCUUAAGCUGUCCACCAAGAAUUUCAGGUCUGAUACAGUGCUUGGAGAGGGAGGGUUUGGUAAAGUUUAUAAAGGUUGGCUCGACGAGAAGAAGACGGGCAAGAGUGGAAGUGGAACUGUGAUUGCUGUCAAGAAAUUGAAUUCUGAGAGCUUGCAAGGGCUUGAAGAAUGGCAGGAACUGCACUUUCUGAGUAAUGUCUUCCAUUUGAAUGAGCCUGUUUUACUUUCGUCUAAUCUGAUGGAGAAAGCAAUGAAGCUUCUAAAUGGCAAUGCCAAGUCCGAAAUAAACUUCUUGGGAAGGCUUUCGCACCCAAACCUAGUGAGGCUAUUAGGGUACUGCUUGGAGGAUAAUGAGCUCCUCCUCGUGUAUGAAUUCAUGCAGAAGGGCAGCUUGGAAAACCAUCUAUUUGGAAGGGGUGCAGCUGUUCAACCACUUGCAUGGGAAAUAAGAUUGAAGAUUGCGAUAGGAGCAGCUAGGGGACUUGCCUUCUUGCAUACACCAGACAAGAAAGUAAUCUACAGAGACUUUAAAGCGUCAAAUAUAUUGCUCGAUGGAUCUUACACAGCCAAGAUAUCGGAUUUUGGGUUGGCGAAGUUUGGUCCAUCGGCUAGUCAAUCGCAUGUGACAACCCGUGUCAUGGGCACAUACGGGUAUGCUGCCCCUGAGUAUGUUGCCACAGGUCAUCUAUACGUGAAGAGUGAUGUGUAUGGUUUCGGUGUAGUCUUGGUUGAGAUCUUGACGGGGCUAAGGGCGCUUGACACGAAUCGGCCAAGCGGGAGGCAUAACCUGGUGGACUGGAUCAAGCCUUAUUUAAAUGACAAGAGGAAGCUGAAAAGCACCAUGGAUUCUAACUUGGAAGGCAAGUACCCUUCGAAAGCUGCAUUCAGGAUAGCACAACUUGCCCUAACUUGUCUGGAAUCGGAACCAAAGAAUCGACCAUCCAUGAGUGAAGUUGUGGAGACUCUGGAAAGGAUCGCAUCGAGCAACGAGAGGACACUUGAGCCCCGAAACCGCGCAAACAACCGCCGCCCUGUCAGCAGCCGAAGGCAUGGUCAGCAGCAACCCUUGCAGUAUCGUUCUCCACUGCAUCCACAGCCUGACGGUGGCCAGAGUCACCGAAAUUCUCCUCGAGUGCGAUGAAGUUUGCCUGAUUCUUUUUUUGAGGUUAAUGUAAACAUGUCCUGUUAUUGUUUGUUGUGACGGAGAGUUUUAUCAAAAUGGAGCUAGACGAAAAUUGGAGUGGUGUAUCAUGUAUGUAUCUAAGUGUAGAAGGUUUGUAUUUUUGUGGUAUGAACUGGUAGAAAUAUUGGUGUGAGUGGAGAACCGGAGAUCCACUUCCUAUUUAGCUGGGAUGUCCGGGAUCCUCUUGUCUGCGUUGUCAUUGUUUUUCUUCUGUCUAGGAUAAGCCUGUGAAUAUCUCUUCCUCCUCCCCCCUUUUCUUAAAAAUCAAAAUGGUAAUGAAACAUUGAAAUGGCUUUGUUCGCACAGAAAAUAAUGGUGGCAAGUUUGUUUC